AUGAAUACUGAUGCCAGUCUGAACAUACAAAAGCAGAGAGUGGAGAGGGGGAUUGUGGCCAGAAAGGAUGAUGGUGGUUUGAUUGGGGCAUGGGCAGAUAGUGAGGACAAACUGGGAGAACCGGCUGUGGAGGAAGCUCAGGAUAUCAGGCAGGCUUUGAACAUUGCAAAGCAAAAGGGUUGGAGAAAGGUCCUGAUACAAUCUGACUGCAAAGGUAUAAUUGACAAAAUUAAUGCGAGAAAGGCAGAGGAUCCACAUAUUGGAGUCAUUCUUUUUGAUAUCUUGAAGCUCAGACAAGUUUUCACAGAAUGUUCCUUCUCUUUUAUCAAAAGAGAAGGUAACUUUGUAGCUCACCACUUGGCAAAAUUUGCCAUUAACCUGAUGAACGACUUUGAGUGGCAGGAAUUUUUUCCUGAUUGGCUGACUAGUUUAGCUAGAAAUGAUGUAGGAGCAAGUGCUCCAGCUUUGUAA